GCGUGUGAUGUUGAGACACCAAAAACAUCCAGUCAUCUGAAGAAUGUGUAGCAACGAGAGGGCGGCCACGACGCCAACCAGCGGGGCAACUGGGGGCGCAGGCCUCCUACCAUAUCCCCUAGGAGCCCUAAAACAGUUAAACGAAGCCGCCACUGGUGUAUCCGCCCCCGGGGCAGCCGCCGCCGCCAGUGGACUUCUACCGUUGGACCACUACCGCCUCCAAUUAUACAACUACGCAAUGGCGGAACGAUUAAGGUUCACACAUCACUAUCCCGCACCUUUGCCACUGUGUCCAGGUUAUCCUCCGUACAACCCCCGGCUCGCCUUCUCCAUGUCGCUCUUCCACCACCGAGCUCUUCAGCCAGAAGAACCGAAACCUCAACACAGCUACAUCGGGCUCAUCGCCAUGGCGAUAUUGAGUUCCCCAGAAACGAAGCUGGUGUUGUCGGAUAUCUACCAAUACAUUCUAGACAACUACCCUUACUUCCGCUCGCGUGGGCCGGGUUGGAGGAACUCCAUCAGGCACAAUCUCUCUCUCAACGACUGUUUCAUCAAGGCCGGAAGAAGUGCCAACGGCAAAGGUCAUUACUGGGCAAUUCAUCCGGCCAAUGUGGAAGACUUUAAGAAAGGCGACUUCAGGCGCCGCAAAGCUCAAAGGAAAGUCCGGAAGCACAUGGGGCUCGCUGUCGAUGAGGAAGGCGGCGAUUCGCCCAGCCCGCCCCCAGUACCUUCUAGUCCGCCGCCUCUCUCUACGGUUCCCGGGCUGUCCUCGACAGCCAUCUUCCCACCUCUACCGUGCGGAAUAACCAGAAAGCGGCAGUUUGAUGUGGCGUCGCUGCUGGCACCCGACGACGGAGACGAUUACAGCAGUUCCAGGAAACUGCCCCGGAGACUACAGCUCGUGGGGCAGGCGUACAUUAGCAGCGGCGAGGAAGACGGUGCAGAGGAAGACAUCGACGUCGUGACCAGUGACCAGGACGUCGAAGGCAAGGGCAGGAACUCAGAACAACAGGCAGAAGAGUCCACGAGGCUUCAGCAGCAACAGCAGCAAGGCCAAGACCCUUCGGCGUCAAUGCAGGCGCCGUUUCUGUCGGCGUGGGGACAACAGCCUCAUCACCCCGCGGCAGCUCUGGCGAUUCACCAGUCAGUCAUGUUCCCCGGUUCGAGCCUCGUCAGCACGAUGGAGCAGCAACUGGUGAGUCGGUACUACGAGCAGCUAGCACAGCAACACAGGCUGCUCCAGCAGCAGCAGGCUGCCCCAAGUCUUCCAGAGGGCGCGGCGGACUCGUAA